GAACUCCUCGUUUGCCACACUGCACAAGACUUUCUGUUGUCGGCGUGUGUUUAUCUUGUCGCUUGAUAGUUGUUGAUUAACAGCGAUAGCCGAUAAGUCGAUAGUCAAUAUUCGAUAAGACAGAGUUACGCUGUCCACGACAGUGAAGAGCGAACGCACUCGAAAUAAUUAAUUUCGCGCUAGCCCCUACGGUUCUUACGUUCUGUAUGCAGUCGAAUUCUCACUGAAAUACGACAGACUGAUCUAUAUAUUCAGUGUAAUGUAAAAUGUACGGACAUACGUAUUCGGUUUUCGGAGAAGCGCUAAAGUUCAUUUUUCAGUGAUGGCUUGAUUACACCACUGAAAAGUUGUAUUGUAAUAUGGGCGGUAAUGUGUCACAACUAGAAAGAGAUAUCGGAUCAGAUCAGUUUCCUCCAAAUGAGCAUUAUUUUGGUUUAGUUAAUUUUGGAAAUACAUGCUACAGUAAUUCAGUUCUUCAAGCUCUUUAUUUUUGUAAACCUUUUCGAGACAAAGUAUUAGAAUACAAAGCUCGUAAUAAGAGAAAUAAAGAAACAUUGCUCACAUGUUUAGCAGAUCUAUUUCAUAGUAUUGCUACUCAAAAAAAGAAAGUUGGGUCCAUAGCCCCCAAAAAAUUUAUUAAUAGGCUCCGAAAAGAGAAAGAAGAAUUCAAUAACUAUAUGCAACAAGAUGCUCAUGAAUUUUUAAACUUCCUUAUAAAUCAUAUUAAUGAGAUUAUUCUUUCUGAACGUAACCAAACAAAUUGUAAUGGUAAAUCUAAAUCAAUUACACCUAAUAUUGUUGAUGGAGAAUCAACUACUAGUAGCAUCACUAGCUCAAGUAGUCAUAAUCAAGAUCCAACUUGGGUACAUGAAAUAUUUCAAGGGAUACUAACGAGUGAAACUAGAUGUUUAAACUGUGAAGAAGUCAGCAGUAAAGAUGAAGACUUUUUCGACCUCCAAGUAGAUAUAGAUCAAAAUACUAGUAUUACACACUGUUUACGUUGUUUUAGCAAUACAGAAAUGCUUUGUAGUGAUAAUAAAUUUAAGUGUGACAAUUGCUGUAGCUAUCAAGAAGCCCAGAAAUGUAUGCGGGUCAAAAAAUUACCUAUGAUAUUGGCAUUGCAUUUGAAAAGAUUCAAAUACAUGGAACAAUUUAAUAGGCAUAUAAAAGUAUCUCAUAGAGUUGUUUUCCCUUUAGAACUUAGAUUAUUUAAUACGUCUGAUGAUGCUGUUAAUCCAGAUAGAAUGUACAAUCUUGUAGCUGUAGUUAUACAUUGUGGCAGUGGGCCAAAUAGAGGUCAUUACAUUAGCAUAGUUAAAAGUCAUGAUUUUUGGCUACUGUUUGACGAUGAUAUGGUUGAUAAAAUUGAUCAAUCUGCUAUUGAAGAUUUCUAUGGUCUCACGUCAGACUUACAGAAAUCAUCAGAAACUGGUUAUAUACUUUUUUAUCAAUCUAGAGAUGCUGCUGAAAUAUCAAAAUCUGGCAUGGCUGAUUCAAAAUCAAGUCAUUGUAAAUGAAUGUCCAAAUUUUAUGUUUGGUAUUUAUUUAUAAUUGCAUAGCACAAUGUGAUUUUUCACUUGUGUUUGGAAAAAGUGAUAUUAACUUAAAUGCAUAUUUAAUUAGUCAAAUAAUUAUUAAUUGUUAUUAUCAGUGAUAUAAAAUGUUAAUUUGCGAUGCGCCUUGUUAGUCAACUAACCAAUUUUUUGGUGAUAUAAUUCAUUUAUAUAUAUUACUAGCUGAUUUCUUUAAAAUCUAAUUUAAUUAAUGCUCAUGUUGUUUAACAUAUAUUUAAUCCACUUGAAUUUUUUUUUAGUGAAAAUCAGAGCAGUUAUUUAUUUUUCCAAUGUUUACCUCAAAGAUAUCAGCCUUUUUAAGGACAUAAUAUUAGAAUAUUAGUAUCUAUUUUAUUAUUUUUAAAUUAUAAUUUUCUUUCUAUUGUGUUAGCCUGUUAAAUUUUAGCAUAACAUUCAUACUAAUUUAUAUGGCUUAACUUGAACCUGUUUUACAAUUAACAUAAUAGAGAUUCUAGUUUUCUUUAAAACAUAUAUGUGAUAUUCUUUGACUUUAUUUAAAAAAUGAGCAGUACAAUUGUGUACGAAAAUACAUAUUAGUAUACUGUUUAUGAAUUUAACACAUGGAUAUAUACAUUUAAUAGCUUUGAUUAAACUCUUAAAAAAAUUUUUGUAGGUAUUAGGUAAAAUAACCGAUAAUAACUACUUAAUAACAUAAUAUUAUGUUAUGUAGUUUCUGAUUUAUUUAUAUUUUAUCAAGAUUCUGGUAAUUAUUAUGAUAUACAAUUUGGUUGGGGUUUGAAGAUAUUAAUUAUUAAUUCUAAUAAAUUAGAGAUUAUAAAAAAAAAGAUAACAACAAGUAAACAACUAAAGACUACUAAAAGUAGAACCAAAAACCCUUGUUAAUUUUUUCUAUUUUAAUACUAAUUUUGACUGAUUUUCAUAAUAUAAUUAUGACAUGUUGACCAACGGACAUAAUAUUAUGCAAAUAGUAAUUUUAAGAGUUUAAACAAAAACUAUAAAUAUAUUUAGAAUGUAGAUUCAAUAACAGUAUAAUGUUAAAUAUAUUAGUUUAACUUUUAAAAUGUAGUUCGGACAUGCCCUAUUAUAUCAAAAUGUGAUAUGACCUAUGAAAUUAAAAUAACCAGUUUGAAUUUUAA